AUAUAAGAAUAAGAAAAAGGGCACACAGAGAGAAAUGAAAAUAAGUCUGUGGUAGCAUUAUAACAGAGACGGAGUUUGAGUUUCGGUUUCGUUUGACUUGCGCUCCAAGCUCGAUGUGAGUUGUUUCUCUGUCCUUUCUCAGUUGCGCGCGAACCGCGGAGCCGCGUGCAUUUCCAUUGUUGGUGCAUUAUUGGUGCGUCAAGUCACUUAUUGCCUUACGCUUGUUUGUUAUCACACUCAAUCACACUUUAAAUUUUUUUUUUUAUUUUUCCCACUAACAUCAAACAAUUUUUUCUUGUUUCUUCACGCAAAACAAAAAAAAAAAAUUUGUCCAAUUUUCCACAAAAAAUAGGUAUCAAUUAAAAAAACUCGUUUUUAAUAAAUAUUACCAAAAAAAAGAAAAGGAAUUUCUAAAUAAUAUUUUAGGGGCAAAAAAGGCGGGAAAUUUGAGAAAAUUAAAUUAUUUGAAGCAUUAAAAGUUAUUAAAAAAAAAGAAAAAAAAGAGUACAAAUGUGGCAUCGAGGGUUAUCAUUGAAAAUACGUGCGCUAUCAGUGGUGCCGGAGCUGAUAUCAUAAUCAUUGAUGCGGUGGUCCGCGCGGUGCAUUCAGUGAUACAUGCUGUUGGUGAACAAGAGUUUAGGAAAGGCUGCGACGGAGAUUGCGGGCAGUGAAGAUAGAGAGAGAAGGAGAAGGAGGAGGACUAGAAGUAGAAGGAGGAGGAGAAGGAGGAAGCUCGCGUAGCAUCAAAGUGCGGUGGCACACACACACACAUACAUACGUACAUAUAUACACGCCGGUUACUAUUUUUGAGAGCGCGAAAUAUUUUGGCUUUAAGCUAUUCACAAGUGAGCCUACAUCAACUAUACAUGACGCACGGAAUCUCCGGAAGAACUUGAGUGACAGAUUAAUUGGACAAGUUUUAUCAAUUACACGAGAGAUUAGUACAAGUUGGUGUAUAAAUCUGUAAGGAUAUAUCAAUAAACAUGGUGAUGGCUGUUGACGAUUCGCAAAUGUUAUCAAAUGGUACAACAGACGCCAUGACGAUCAUCCCUCCCAAUGGAAAGUUACCAAAUGAUAAUGGCGUGAUUUGUAUUAAUCACAAUGGUAACAGUAAAAUUUCCAAUGGCAAAUCACAUGAUCUAGGGGUUGUGGAAAAUGGCAAAACAAUCAUUCCAAUGAAUGAGAAACCAGCAAGUUUUCCCGCUGAUUUUAUUGAUGACGAAGUAUCAUGUGGUUGGGGUCUUUUGCGACCUCAAUGGCUGCAAGCUUUUGCCACUAAACAAGCCUUUUUAGCCAUUUUCUGUCUUACUUGGGUGUUACAAGGAAUGUUCUAUACGUACUUUGUUUCUGUGAUUACAACAAUUGAAAAACUCUUUCAAAUUCAAUCGAAAACAACGGGAAUAAUAAUGUCGGCUACGGAAAUUGGACAAAUCGGAUCGUCCUUGCUUUUGACGUAUUACGGAGGUCAGGGUCAUCGACCGAAAUGGAUAGCUUGGGGUAUGACCCUCAUUGCUGCGAGUGCUUUAACCUGUUCGAUGCCACACUUUAUUUUUGGCGAACAAAUUUUGCACGUUCACCUUUCGACUGAUUCUGAUACGUCUCUUAAUCUCUGCAAAUUUAACGAGAAUUUCGACAACAAAACAGUGUCAUAUACAGAUACCGACGAGUAUUGCGAGGGUGAAUUUCUCACUGAAAAACGAAUCCAGAAUAAAAUUACAACUGUGGUUUUGGCAAUAUUUUUUGUAUCCUUGUUAGGUGUUGGAAUGGGCCAAACUGCUGUUAAUACUCUGGGUAUACCUUACAUUGAUGACAACGUUGCCAGUCGAGAAAGUCCUCUUUAUUUUGCGAUUACAAUUGGUGUAAGGAUUCUGGGGCCCACAUUUGGUUUCAUUUUGGGUUCAAUGUGUACCAGAAUUUACACGGAUUUGUCCGUUGAUCCUCCAAUGACUCCCACUGAUCCGAGAUGGGUGGGUGCAUGGUGGCUCGGUUCGUUACUUAUAGCUGGUAUGAUGAUACUUGCCAGUAUUAUAAUGUUUGCCUUUCCCACAAGAUUACCCUCGAGCAAACCACAACCGAAAAAAACGGACACUACAAAACCAAGUCUUAAAGACUUCCCUAAAGCGAUGAAGAGGUUGCUGGGAAAUGACAUCUUAAUUUUUAGAACAGCUAGUAGUGUGCUUCAUAUUUUGCCAAUUGCAGGACUUUAUACUUUCCUGCCGAAAUACCUUGAAAGCCAGUUUCGUUUACCAGCUUAUCAUGCCAAUAUGGUUUCCGGUAUUGGAGGAAUUCUAGUGAUGGGUUUGGGUAUCACAAUUAGUGGAAUCUUCAUUUUAAGGUUUAAGCCAAGUGCACGAUUUGUUGCUGGCUGGAUUGCCUUUACAGCCAUUGCCUAUGCAAUUGGAAUGGGCAUUCUUAUGUUUGUUGGAUGUACAAUGGAUGAUUUUGCAGGUCUUCAGAAAAAUACAUAUGGAUUAUCCAAAUUUGUACCAACCUGUGAAUCAACUUGUGACUGUAAUCAAAAUAAAUUUAGCCCCCUCUGUGGGGCAGAUGGACAAACCUACUUUUCUCCUUGUCAUGCAGGCUGUUCAAAUUAUACCACAUUAGAUGGAAAACUGACUUCGUUUACAGAUUGUCAAUGUAUUGGUACAAAUGUAACUGGAUCAGAAACCUUGAAUACUGCGACAAGUGGAUAUUGUCAACUUGAGUGCAACAAUUUUUGGGUGUAUAUGAUUUUAUUUUCACUGUCGGUUUUUAUUCAUUCGACCAGUGAAGUUGGAUCCAUGAUGCUCAUUCUUAGAUGUGUUGAUCCCAAGGAUAAAGCAAUGGCACUUGGAUUCAUUCAAUUUGCCAUUGGCUUGUUUGGUAAUAUUCCCUGUCCUAUUGUUUACGGAGCUGUUGUCGAUUCAGCCUGUCUGGUUUGGGAGUACGCUUGUGGAGAACGCGGUGCUUGUUGGCUGUAUGAUACAAAUGACUUUAGAAUGUUCUUCCAUGGUACCACUGGUGGUUUAAUGCUAUUAGGCUUUUUUGUGGAUUUAGUGGUUUGGUACAAAGCAAGAAAAAUAAGUUUCAGUGAAGAACCAGACGUCACAGUUGCAACGACAGAAGAAAUGGCAAACCUGAAGGCAAGAGAUGGCGGAGAAAGUGACUAUCUAUAAAAUCGAUAUUGAUUUUUAUUAUUAUUAUUUUUUUUUUUGUGAAGACAAAAUACUAGUCCAAAAAUAGAAAGGUAUCCCCCGCUUCUUUCAUUAUUUGUGUUGGACCAUCUGUAUAUCUCUGAAACUAUCACAAGAUUAAUUUGAUUGUGUCAUAUGAACUGAUUAUGGCUCAAUCACUUUUAAUUCAAUUUACCUGUCAGUCUUAAAAAAAAAAACAAAGCGUUGGGAUCACAUUAAAGUACUCGUUAUAUUUUUACUGAUAUACUUUUAUUAUAAUUAUGAAAAUACGCUUAGAACGAAGUAUAGAAACGAAUGUGAAAUGCCAUAAGAUGUAGAUUAAUAUAGUUUAUAAAAAAAAAAAUUUUUUUUCAAAAUUUCAAUUUUAAGGGAAGUUAAUUUAAAUUUUCUGAUUCACUAAUAAUACUUUUAAAAAAAAAAUUAAUUCCAACACAGUGGUCUUUUAGUCAAAAAACAAGAAGAUUAAUGCUCGUGACCAUUUUUUAUCUUAUCUGAUAAAUUAUAUAUUAUUUGUAUAUAUAUUUAUUCUGAAAUUGCAGAAUAUAUAUAUACACAAUUGGGAGGAAGCAAAGACUUGAUAGGAAAUGUGAUUGCUGUAUGUAUUUUUUAAUUAUAGAGAAAGGCAAUUUGCAUAUGAAAAUAUAACUUGUCGAUUUUAUUGUAAUAUAAGAAAAAAUUUUUUUGUAUGUACGAAAUAUUGAGCGCCGUGCAUUAAGAUUUUAAAAACAAAGUGAAUCAAACAAUAUUGUAAAUAUAAUUUUUAAACAAAAAAAUUGACUAAAUGAACAACUUCAUUCAUAUAUUAUAAUAAUAUAAAGAAUUUUCUGUUUUGACAAGAGAGAAAAAAAAACAAAUCAUUCCUUAAUUGAAAAAGAAAAAUUAAAAAAAAAAAAAAAAAAGUUGUACAUAGAAAAAUAUCUUCAAAGGACGUAGCUCUCUUUGGGAGCGCCAGUCAAGGAAUAGAUUUUUAUAUAUAUUUCAGUGAAGAAUAUAUUUAAGUCUAUUCUUCAAAUUUAUUGUGAUCGAAAUAAUUACUCUGUUUAGAAUCUAAUUUUUAAUUAUAUUUAAUGGUUAUUGUUUUCUGGUCUUAGCUUGCGACAUUUUUUUUUUUUUU